ACCCUGACAUAGUGAAUGGGGUGUACUGGUCCGAGGCCCUGAACAAGGUGUUUGUGGAGAACUUUGAGAGGGACCCAUCCCUCAUCUGGCAGUACUUUGGGAGUGCCAAGGGCUUCUUCAGACAGUAUCCUGGGGUGAAAUGGCAUCCGGAUGAGCAUGGAGUGAUCGGCUUCGACUGCAGGAAUAGAAAAUGGUACAUCCAGGCGGCCACCUCCCCCAAAGACGUGGUGAUCCUGGUGGACGUCAGCGGCAGCAUGAAGGGGCUGAGGCUGACCAUCGCCCGGCAGACCGUCUCCUCUGUCCUGGACACGCUGGGGGACGACGACUUCUUCAACAUCAUCGCCUACAACCAGGAGAUUCACUACGUGGAGCCCUGUCUGAACGGGACGCUGGUCCGCGCAGAUAGAGCCAAUAAAGAUCAUUUCCGACAACAUCUGGAUAAGCUGUUUGCCAAGGGGAUAGGGCUGCUGGGCGAUGCUCUCACCGAAGCGUUCACAAUUCUCAGCGAUUUCAACCAGACUGGUCAUGGGAGCACAUGCAGCCAGGCCAUUAUGCUCGUGACUGACGGAGCCACAAAAAUGUAUGACAGCGUUUUCGAGAAGUUCAAUUGGCCGGACAGAAAGGUACGCAUCUUCCCCUACCUGAUUGGCCGGGAGUCUGCGUUCGCAGAUAACCUCAAAUGGAUGGCCUGCGCUAACAAAGGUUACUUCAGUCAGAUCUCUACCUUAGCUGACGUCCAGGAGAACGUCAUGAGGUACCUGCAUGUGAUGAGUCGGCCCAAAGUCAUCGACCACGAGCACGACACCGUCUGGACAGAGGCCUACGUUGACAGUGCACUCUCCCAGGCUUAUCGGCUGAAAGACAAGCGGGCCCCCAGCAUGAUGACCACCGUGGCCAUGCCCGUCUUCAGCACCAAGAACGAGACGAGGAACCAGGGCAUCCUGCUGGGAGUGGCGGGAACAGACAUCCCUCUGCAGGAGCUCAUGAAGAUCAUCCCCAAGCAUAUGCUCGGGAUCCACGGCUACGCGUUCGCCGUCACCAACAACGGCUACAUCCUGACGCACCCUGACCUCCGACCAAUGUACCAGCAAGGCAAGAAGAGGAGGAAGCCCAACUACAGCAGCGUGGAUCUGUCCGAGGUGGAAUGGGAAGACAAGGACGACAUUCUACGGAACGCGAUGGUGAACAGAAGGACGGGGACUUUUUCAAUGGAGGUGAAGAGGACCGUGGAUAAAGGGAAGCGUGUCCUCAAGAUGCACAAUGACUAUUACUACACCGACAUUAAAGGAACUCCAUUCAGCGUUGGAGUGGCGCUUUCCCGAGGCCACGGGAAGUACUUCUUCAGGGGCAACGUGUCCGUCGAAGCCGGGCUCCAUGAUCUGGAACAGCCAGAUGUUGCGCUGGCAGAUGAAUGGACCUACUGCAACACAGACGAGCACCUGGAACACCGGCCCCUCACCCAGAUCCAGGCCAUCAGGCUCUUCCUGACCGGCCGGCAGCCCCACCUGAAAUGCGACCGGGAGCUGAUCCAGGAGGUGUUGUUCGACGCGGUGAUCACUGCUCCUCUGGAGGCCUACUGGACCGGGCUCGCCCUCAAUAAGUCAGAGAACUCGGACAAAGGCGUGGAGAUCGCCUACUUAGGAACACGCACCGGCCUCUCCAGAACCAACCUGUUUGUGGUUCCUGAGCUGCUGUCCAAUCAAGACUUCCUGACAGCCGAGGACAAGGAAGGUGUGUUUAACGCAGACCACUUCCCACUGUGGUACAAGAGAGCCGCAGAGCAGGUCCCGGGAACCUUCGUCUACUCUGUUCCGUUCAGCUCAGCAUCGGAAAAUAAGAGUGUGGUCUUGGCCAGUACAGCAAUUCAGCUUCUUGAUGACAGGAAGUCUCCUAUUGUUGCUGCUGUGGGAAUCCAAAUGAAGCUGGAAUACUUUCAAAGGAAGUUCUGGACUGCCUGCAGACAGUGUACAGCUCUGGACGGGAGGUGCAGCAUUAGCUGUGAGAGUGGGGACAUCAACUGCUACCUUAUUGACAAUAACGGCUUCAUUCUUGUGACAGAGGAAAUUUCCCAGACAGGGCUGUUUUUUGGUGAGGUUGAAGGUGCCGUCAUGAACAAAUUACUCCAAAUGGGUUCAUUCAAGAGGAUCACCUUAUAUGACUACCAGGCACACUGUAGAGACUAUGCGGGCAGCAGCGACUGCGCGCGCACUUUAUUAAAUCCCUUCUCGGUUGUAAAGUGGAUUUUGACUGAGGUCAUCAUUUUUCUGCUGGAGUUCAACUUCUACAGCUGGUGGAACGUCGGUCUGUCAGUGAAAGCCCAAAGGCCUCAGGGUAAGACCAAGAUGGUUCCAUGCGACACAGAGUACCCUGCCUUCGUCUCUGAGCGCACCAUCAAGGAGACGACCGGAAACAUAGACUGUGAGGGCUGUUUCAGAUCAUUUGUAAUACAACAGAUUCCCAGCAGCAAUCUCUUCAUGGUCGUCGUAGAGAACAAGUGUGACUGCAGCUCUGCACCUCCAGUCACCAUAGAUCCCAUAGAGAUCAUGUACAAUGAGUCACUGAAAUGUGACAGACUGAAGUUUCAGAAGGACAGGAAAAAGCCAGAAUCUUGUCAUCCUUUUCACCCAGAGGAAAACGCCAUGGAGUGCGGAUCGGCGACAGGCCUCUCUAGCACUCUGACCGCAGCCCUGUUCCCCCUGCUGACCUCGCUCAUCAGCAGGUGACUAAAGCCUCGCCAGCUCUUCUGGGACCCAGGAGUGGACCUCAGCAGCCCCAACUAAGCAGACCACAUCUCAUUCACAGACCAAACCAAGCUUGUAACACAUGAGUAUAUAUAGAAUAUGGCCCAUCCAAAUGGGAUUCGUUCACAGCGCCUUACCAAAGGGAAUUUCACUGAGAAGAAGAAGAACUCUGCUUCUUUGUCACUAAAAGAUUAAUUUAUAUUUAUGGAGUGAGGGAGAAAAAAGAGGAAGGGUUUGCUGCAGCUUAGAUACGUAAAUAAAAAUUCAUUGUGGUUGAUAGCAGACAUCUUGUUUUUGUCUGACUGUACGUAGACGACGGCCACAAGCAAACAGGUUGAGUUUGGAAGGAGAAACUUAAAUGUCCAUACAUGCUUCUCUGGUUUAUUGUGAUUACAAGUAUUUGUUGUAUGAAUGCAGGCAGAUUCCCCAUUAUACCUUUGGUAAAUAUAUCAAAAUACAAAAUACAUAUGGCAACACUCGAUAGCUAAAUUCUUGAAAAUAUUCCACAGAUUGCUGCUAAAACAAAGUAAUGUUCUUUUUCUUCACGUUCCCUCUUUGUAAAUGUAAAGACAUAUAAUUCAAGCUAAAUAUGCAUGUCAACUAAAUACAAUUUAUAAGAAUGUUACAUUGGCCAUAAUAAAGAAGCCAUAUUUAUCAUGUUGACACAAAAAAGACCUGAAUAAACACAAAGACAUAUUUUUCACCAUUCAA